AGGUUUCUGUUCUAGCAGUCUCGUGCAAUAUCAGCUCAGUAAUUCUGCACUGAUCCACUGAUUGGUUGGUUUUGCGCACUGGACGCACUUGGAACAUGAUGUGGAGCUGCACGCGGGAGCACGGAGGUUAUCUGUGAAGGAGAGAAAGAGAAAAGAAAAGGUUUAUGAUCAGUUUUGCACCUGCAGUGUCACCUGAACAAUCUCCUUAGUAUCGAUCCUUUGAUUGGUUCAUUUUGCGCAAACAUGAUCCGAGCUUCUCUGAGAGUUUCCUCCAAAGGUUAAAGAAGAAAAGACGAGUGAAAACGCACCAAGAAGGACAAGUGUUGAUUGUCUAAACUCUUGAAUCGAUUCAUCAAUUGAUUGAGAUAGAGAGGAGCACGCGCGAGAGCUCGUUAAAGUGGCACCAUGAUCAGGAUCUUCCCGGAUUUCAGCGUCCAGGUGACGGCCUCAGCGGGCGGAGGUCCCGCGGCUGGAGGAGGAGGAGGAGGUGGCGGGAUGGUGGCCGGACCCCAGGUGGGUCGAGUGCCUGUCCCGGUCCCGGGAGCCACGAACGGGAGCCCGCAGAGCGUGCAGGGCAUCGGCGCGUACCAGCAGAGUGACCCCUACUGGGAGCGGCCGGCUAAUGCGGGCAGCUGCUCCGCCGCCCGGCCCAAGACCCUUCACCUGGCCGGCCAGCAGCACACCUCGUCACCAUGGCUGCAGGCUCUGAGGAAGGAGAAAUCACGGGACGCGGCGCGGUCGCGGCGGGGAAAGGAGAACUUUGAGUUUUACGAGCUGGCCAAGAUGCUGCCGCUUCCGGGCGCCAUCACCAGUCAGCUGGACAAGGCCUCCAUCAUCCGGCUCACCAUCAGCUACCUGAAGAUGAGGGACUUCGCCAACCAGGGAGACCCACCGUGGAACCUGCGCAUCGAGGGACCGCCGCCCAACACCUCCGUGAAAGCUAUCGGCGCCCAGCGAAGGAGGAAUCCCAGCGUCGUCGCCUCGGAGAUCUUCGAGCCUCACCUGGGCAGCCACAUCCUACAGUCUCUGGACGGGUUCGUAUUUGCACUAAACAAGGAGGGGCGGUUCCUCUACAUCUCUGAGACCGUGUCCAUCUACCUGGGGCUGUCACAGGUGGAGCUAACUGGCAGCAGCGUCUUUGACUACAUCCACCCCGGCGAUCACGUGGAGAUGGCAGAACAGCUGGGCAUGAAGCUUCCUCCAGGUAGAGGGAUGUCUCUGUCCCAGGGGGCCGUCAAUGAGGACGGGGCGUCAUCGGCAUCAUCGUCGUCGCACUCUGAGACACCAGAACCAGUGGAGUCGAGUAGUCCCAGCCUCCUGGCUCCUGAUAACAGUCUGGAACGAUCCUUCUUCAUCAGGAUGAAGUCGACGCUCACAAAGAGAGGAGUGCACAUCAAAUCCUCAGGAUACAAGGUAAUCCACAUCACGGGGCGUCUGCGGAUCAGGAUGGCGUUGACGCACAGCCGCUCCGUGCCCAAUCAGAUCAUGGGGAUGGUGGUGGUGGCCCACGCCCUUCCUCCGCCAACGAUCAACGAGGUCCGCAUUGACUGCCAAAUGUUCGUCACCCGAGUCAACAUGGACCUCAAGAUCGUCUACUGUGAAAACAGGAUCAGUGACUACAUGGAUCUGACUCCGGUGGACAUCGUAGGGAAAAGGUGCUACCAGUUCAUUCAUGCAGAAGACGUGGAGGGAAUCAGACAGAGUCACCUCGACUUGAUGAAUAAGGGUCAGUGUGUGACCAAGUACUACCGCUGGAUCCAGAAGAAUGGCGGCUACAUCUGGAUCCAGUCCAGCGCCACCAUCGCCAUCAACGCCAAGAACGCCAGUGAAAAGAACAUCAUCUGGGUCAACUACGUCCUCAGUAAUCCAGAGUACAAAGACACACCCAUGGACAUCGCCCAGCUGCCAAACCUGCCCGAGAAAACCUCUGAAUCCUCGGAAACCUCUGACUCUGAGUCCGAGUCCAAAGAAAACUCUGACAACGAGAACACCAAGUCAGAGGGGAAAACAGGCCACCAAUCAGAACGCAGUGAGGACCCUGAGGCAGACAGCAAACGCCAGCAGCCCGGCCAACCACAUUGCUCCUCGGAACAGGAAAUGAAGCGUCAGGAAGAAGGAGACAGCUCGAGUAACCCCGAGAGUCAGGACAGCGACGACAGCCUGGAACCUUCAGAUGGAGAAGCGGAGGAAGUAGAGGAGGCGAGUGUUGGUGGAGGAGGAGGAGGAGGACCUGGAGGAGGCAGGCUGGGGAGAUUAGCAGGACUGGGAGGUUUAGGGGGACUGGCCGCCAUUGGUGGACUUGGGAAUCUGGGAGGGCUUCAUAUCAAAGUAGAGCACUAUGGAGAGGGGGAAGAAGUACAGCUGCACAACACCCAAACUUCUUCAUCAGAGGAGGAGGAAGAAGAAGAAGAGGAGGAGGAUGAGGCAGAGGAUGGCGGCAUGCAAAACUGUGAUGGUGGCAGUAAGCUCCAGAAGAGGAGGAAGAGGAGGAAAGUGCAAAAAUGGGACGGAUCUAGAAGCAGAAGACUUCGCCUCUCCUCAACAACGCCAAGCCCUGUUGCGAUGGGGGAAACAUCGCUCGUAGACCCCUCCCAGGCCACGUCCACCAACUCCCACCUCCUCACCUCCGCCAGCUCCCCAAACAGCCCAAGUGCAUCGUCAGUCCUGAAAAUCAAGACCGAGAUGGCCGAGCCGAUCAACUUUGACAACGACAGCAGCAUCUGGAACUACCCCCCGAACAGAGAGAUUUCUAGAAACGAGUCUCCGUACAGUAUGACCUCCAAACCAGCCGCUCCGGGCAGCCACGAGUCCUUCCCCUCUCCACAAGGAGGCUCACUGCAAGUAGCCAUUCCUGACUCAGUCCUCACUCCUCCUGGGACAGAGGGAGGUGCAGGAGGAGUCAGGAAGCCUCCUUACAACGGAAGCUCAGCCCCGUCUUCUGCUUCCAGCGCUGCAAGCUUAGCUCCUCCAUCCAGCGCCUCCUCUGCCGACCCCUUGUCUCCUCCUCUGUCUGCCUCUCCACGGGACAAGCAGCAAGGAACCCCCACCACCUCCUCUUCCUCUUCUUCGUCUUCAUCCUCCUCCUCCUCAUCGACUUCUUCUUCUUCGCUGUUGUACUCUGGCGACCUUGAGGCGCUCCAGCGUCUGCAGGCUGGUAACGUGGUGCUCCCACUGGUCCACCGCGUCACAGGGACUCUCGCCUCCACCAGCACAACAACUCCACGGGUUUACACCACCGGGACCAUCAGGUACGCACCGGCGGACGUCACACUGGCCAUGGCGCAAGGCAACCUCCUCCCCAACGCUGCCAUGAAUUUUGUAGACAGCUCCGGGUUCGGUCUGGACCCAAAGACGCCCAUGGAGAUGCUCUACCACCACGUCCACAGGUUAAACAUGUCAGCAGCUGCGGCUGCCGGCCCCUUCGUCGGAUCUCCAGCGGUGACGGGUGCGAACGGAGCCCUAGGAGGCCAGAUGGCGACGGCGGCGAAUGUUUUCACCACAGCGGAGGGACUUUUCUCAACGCUACCAUUCCCAGUGUACAGCAACGGGAUCCACACCACACAGACAACUCUGGAGAGGAAGGAGGAUUAACGUGAAAUGUUCAAGACCGAAUACUGUGUUAUGGAAUCAACAACUGUGUCAAAGCAAAGACUACUCACUAGUAAAGAAAAUUAAAGACUUUUUUACUUUCUAUCUUUUAUCAACACAGCACUGUGUUUCCAAGGG